CUUUGUAGAUUUGGCCCAUCAAGAAAUUGCACAAAGAAUGGCUCCGAAUCCGAUUCGAAGAGGCGAUUAGCAGAAUCAAUCGUUUGACAUCUGCAGCCUAAUACUAUCCUCACCUCAUGAACGUCGUAUAUCUUCCCUCAAACCUCCGUUUCCACUCGUUUCUCCACCGUCCCUCUCCCCCACUGCUAAAGCUCUCGUGUUUUCACAGCGGCGGACACUAUGGUUCGGUUGCAAUUGGAAAGGCAGUUCCGGCACGGGACCGGGUCAUCGACUUCGGGAAAUUCAAAGGCAAGAUGCUGGGAACGCUGCCGUCCAGCUACCUCAAGUGGGUGUCUAAGAAUCUCCGCGCGCGUGACUUCGAGGACUGGGCGAAGCUGGCCGACGAGGUCCUCGACGACCCGGUCUACAACGACCGAAUCGAGUGGGAGUUCGCUCAGAAUGUCCUCAACGGCGACGUUUUAUUGUCGGCAACAACUCCGAGCGCGGUCUCGGAGUUGCUUGAAAUCAGCCAGAGAUUCGGUUGGGACAACGACGACAAGGCCGGUUGGAGUAAGAUUGAUUUUAGCCUUCUCGGAACCUCCAAAGGCGGUAGAAUUCCCAGGCUUGGCGAUUCCGAUUCCGGCAGCAGGAACGACCGUACAGGUACGGAAUCAAAACAGCGCCGCCUGAAGAAGGAAGGCGGCGAGGAAGAAGCAAAUAGGGGGAGGAGGGAGAGACGGCGGGAGAGGCUCCGGGCGACGAGGACGAGUGUUUCCUCCGCCGCUGAGUCUCUGCCGGAGGAGAGGAUGGUAAGAUUGGAGAUUCGGGAAACCCUCAAGGGCAAUGUUGGUAAUGCGGAGGUAAACCGGGUGCGGGUUGACGGGUCCCCAAGUGGGAUACCGAGCCCGUUUCCGGGGCGCGAGGCACUGUUGAAGAAAGUGAUCAGUCGUAGGAGAUUAUCGUAACGAUGUUUUAGUACACUGUAUUUUUGUAAUUGAUAAAUCUGUAUUCUUAUCAGUUGGGAAGUUAUUUACUCCGUA